AUGUACGACAACCCUUCACAUCCUGGUCCAAGUGAAUUGGACAGUGAUAGGCAUAACGAUUUUGAAGAUAACCCUACAUUGACUCAGCUCACACAAAUUGUGAGUAAUAAUGAUUUAGCUAAUGAUAUAAUAAAUAAGUCGGAUAGUGAUAGUCCAUUAGAUCAUGAAGGGACGGACGAUGAUCAUUCGUCUGCCGACGGUGACGAUUCUGAUGAAGAUGUUGCGGCCCCCAAUAAUCUUAGUGUUAAUUAUCAUUCAAAUGUGAUCCCAUAUUUGGAUAAUACAGAAGAAGUAGAACCGGAAGAUUUUGCAUACAUGAGAGAUAACGGGUCUGUUCGGGCUGCACUUUGGAAUUCCAGUAAUCCUAAAGUUAUCAAAUCAGGUAUGUUAUUUCACAGCAAGAAGCAAAUGAAAGGUGCAGUGAGACUCUAUAAUAUAGCCCACAAAAAAGAAUUUAAAACAGAUCAAGCCAAAGGUACAUUUUGGAAGGUUAUUUGCAAGCAGCAUGAGGAAGGUUGUAGUUGGAUGAUCCGUUUUUCGUUGAUCGGAAGUGGUAUGUGGAAAGCAGGAAAAAUGAUUGAGCCACAUAAUUGUGACACGGAUGAUUAUACAGAGGAUCAUUUCAAUUUGAAUAGCAACAUGAUUGCUACUUCGUUGAUACCAUAUGUUAUGAUCAAUGCACAAAUCAGUAUUAAGUUUGUUCAGGAAACUAUAAAAGGCAUCCAUCACUAUACUCCUAGUUAUAGAAAAGCGCAAAAAGGGCGUAAGAAAGCUUUUGAGAUGGUGUAUGGUGAUUUCGAAGGUUCUUUUAGGGCAUUGCCUCGAUACAUGGCUGCCCUAGAACAUUUCAAUCCGGGCACUAUUGUUGAGUGGACACGAGUCAACUACAAUGCAAGGCGAACACAUCUUCAAGUAUCUUUUACGGGCCUUUAA